UGUCCCUAGGUGGCAGCAUAUCGCCGAUGAGUUGAUAACAUGUCGCUUUCUUCCCCCAGAAGAAGCUUCGUUUCGUUUUUCAGGAAACACGUUACACUUCCCAAGCCACGAGAGAUGAGCCAUUCUUGGAAGAUGCUUGGUGCUGCUGGUCAUGGGGACAGACAUCCUCUGUUCGGAGGAGCUAUAUCAGCUAGAAUCCCACACAGUGCCAGGGACAUCAGUGAUGUGAGAGAGGUUCCAGACAACCAGGAGGUGUUUGCCCAUGGCCACACCGACCAGAGUCUCAUAGUGGAGCUGUUAGAGUUCGAGAGUAAAGUCGAAGACCAAGACGCCGCGAAGUAUCACUUUGAGGACAUCGCAGGGAGUAACAAGGCACUGAAGCCGGGGACAUGUGAUGUCACUAGUGUUGUGCCCCUCUCCAAGUCAGAGCUCUCCCUGUCAGAAUGCAGUUCUGCCUGGCUGCUGAAUGGUGCACAAUGUGUAUCUAAAUUCAACGAGGAAGCCAGAAAUGCUGUGACGAUCCACCUGGGACUGUUUCGGCUACCGCAGUUCUCCACAGACGUCCUAGUAACUUUCAACGACCCCCUCAGCAUCAGCCCCGACAGCAGCAGCAUCAGCAGUGCAUCCGGAACACAAUCUUCAGAACCAUGGACCGUGCAAGACUUCCAUCGCUUGUUACACUCUUUAACACUACACGAUCCUGGAUUGUUUGGUUAGCUUGAUGGGACCUCACUCUGCCCAGUGAAUAAAGUUUAAAUUGCCUACUAAACAUGCCUAUGUAGUUAUAACAUGACAUUUCACCUCGGGAAUCAAUCAAUUACAGUUGUACAUCGUUGCAGAAGAACGAUGAAAAACUAAAACAAACAAAAACUGUCUUGUAAUUUAAUUAACUUGUUUUGUUGUAAAAAACCUGAUGGCCUUAUCAUGUUUAUUUUGCUUUUUUAUUUUUUGGAAUAAAUCCAAUUCCUUUAGGCUAUAUGAAGAAAAAAAAGGAUUUAAAAAC